GGAAAAAGUGGGGGGAGGUUUGAAUAGUCCAAUGCCUGAUCAGGUUAAUGAUACUCCUCAAAUCUUCCACCUUUUUUCGAAUUCCUAUUACUUCAAGGCCGACAGGGGAUUCCCCAGGUAGAAGAUAUGGGUAUCCGUUUUCGCGUGGAAUUGCGCAUUUUCAACUUGACUGGCAGGACGUCCUAUAACAGCUAAUAUUAUAGAAAGGAAAUGAAUAACUUCAGAGAGAGAAUUUUCUUUGAUUCAAAUGCAUUGUCAUUAAUUCUUCCCUCGAAAAAUUCAAGCCUUGAAUAUUUGAAAUCAAAUUAAUUUGAUAAAGGAGCUCAAGUGGAUUUCUGUUGGCACAAUUCAAUGCACAAUGGCUGCCAUAAAAACCUUUUAACCCAGAUGCACAAUAAACAAGCACAGAGGACGUGUAUCAAACUGGAAGAUAGUAAGAGCCAACAAUCGAAUGUAAGAAGGAACGAAAGAGGCGUUGAGUGGUUAUCGGUAGUGGACUUAAUGGGUCUCUCAAAGUCAUCGAAUCGUUGACGAUGUUUUAUGCUAAGUAACUGAUCUUCGUUCACAUCACGAAUACUGGGUACUUAAUAAUGAACAGACUGGCAACAAUGACAGUUUUGACAACCCGUUCGGGUCAGGCUUGUUAAAAACCGCUAAAUGCGUGACAAUAAUCGUGGCCUUUAAAAGCCAUCCAGGUUGGCUUAGCGAUUCAGUAGAGCGUCGUAAAUCUCGGAGAAUAUGAGAACUGAGUGGAAGAAAAAUUUUAUGUGUUCGGUGAUUCCUUGGGGAUGUUGGAUUUACAUGUACACUAUCCUCCAAUCUCCAGAGUUCACCUUAGCAACUCACGAAGCGUUUGCUCUGAAACCUCAAAAUCUUGAUGACACAGUGUUCAUAAACUUCCCCAAGAACUCAAACCCCUCGAGAGCAAUAGGGAGACACUUAUACCUUCCUCCCGAGGAGGCUACGUUUGUGCUACCAGAAGUGAUCGAGAAUCGUGUGAGGAGUGUCUUCGCCAGACCCUCACAGUCUCCAGAUAUUCUGUUGAAGGCCCCAAGUCCCAGUGAAGCGACAACAUCAUUAUCAUACGCUGCCAAUGACCAGAAAAUCUUACAAUCAGAUGUCUUCAGCCACAUUAAUAUCUCGAUGUCCUGCAUACACUCCGAGGAUGAAGUGUACUUUCGAGCCUCCAUCAGCGCCUUGAAGUUGAGAGACACUCCAAUUGUCCAGGGGAGUCCAGGAAAUGGCAAUUGUAGAAUCGAUAGAGUUGGUGAUGAGUUUAAGAUCAACUUCUCUGGUGAUUUAUUUUGGGCAUGUGGGGUGCGAAACUGCUCGACUCAGUUGGGAAAAUUCUACUGUCUCAAGCUAAGGUUUCCGGCGAUUCCGGGGAUUCUGCUGAAGGAUGAUGCGAGGGUCUCUAUGAGAUGCAAAGCUCAAGAACGAACAACCUCUCGUACUAGACGAUUCAAUGUUAAAGCUAUAGAUACCUCUGCUCGAAUGACAGCGAGAGUUGCUACUGGUGGUCAUAAGGAUUCAUUCGAAACGGAGAUUGGUUUGUAUCGGAAAACGACUGGAUCAGAUCAACUUUUCGACGCCAGAAUCCCGUCCGGUGGUACAGUUAUCCUCGGCGAGGAGAUCUUGUUGAGAGCUGUCGUUCGGGACGGCGAUGGCUGGAAAUACUCCAAAAUGAGUGACGUAACGAUCAACUUCAUUGAGAACAAACGUCAGAAAAAAAUUAUGAAUAGCGUAUGGAUAUUAGACUCGAACGGCUGUCUCAACCCGGAAAUAAGGGAGAUUUGUUCGAGAGAACAGUACAAAGUUUCCAACUUGGAGAGUUACUUGAUCUUUGAGGCCUUCAUGUUCGAUAACAUGAGUGAAACGGACGAGUUAAUCGUGAAUGUAAAAAUCACCGGGUGCUUGGAGGGAAGUGACUGCAUUCUGAAUUGUCCCGCGAGUCACGUGCGGAAAAUCAGAAACGUGAAAACCUCUCAGAAUAAUACCAUAGACUGGUUGAACGAUAUUUCUUUCCGAGUUGUACCACCGGAGAAAGAGUAUUCGAGACAGCCUAGUAAAACGCAUAUUAUCAUUCCUUAUAUACUGUCUGCGCUGAUUCUCGUCGCUAUAGCGGCUCUAUUAUGUACUAUAAAGAUAAUGAAGAAUCAAAAAUUUGAGAGAAUUCUGAUAUGAAAAGGCUCGCAGAAAACUCUCAAUAUGAAUAUUAAUAUAACAACUCCAAAGCCUCGUUAAUGAUGAAAAAUUAAUUAUUUAGUAAUUAUUCACAUUUAGUUAUUAAUUUCACUGUUUAUUCAUAAACUAUGAAAUGUGAAUUUCAAUUACAGAAUAAAGAGUAAAAAUAAGCGUUGUUUUAUGGUA